CAUCCUCACUCAGAUUAUCAUGCCAACAAAGAGCCUUCCCCUUCCCCUUCCCCUCCGGCCGGCCACCAACACCAGACAAGGGAAUACCCACCUCCAAAUACUAACCAGCGAGUGGAACGACGGAGUGAGCAAACUUCCCCUUUCCGGACGGACGGACGGAGCAACCAACCAACCGAACCAGCCCAAAGAUUUGGUUUUUGAGCCCAUCUCUCGCCAACAACAGAGAGAGGGAUGGGGAUCCCGAGCCCGAGCGACGAGGUGGUCCAAAUCGUGCACGGGGACGGCGCGGGGGACCCCACCGUGGUCACCGUGAGCUGCCCCGACAAGACGGGCCUGGGCUGCGACCUCUGCCGCCUCGUCCUCCUCUUCGGCCUCAACGUCCACAAGGGCGACAUGAGCACCGACGGCCGCUGGUGCUACAUCGUGCUCUGGGUCGCCGCGCGCCGAGGCCGGGCCGUCGCCUGGGACGUCCUCAAGGACCGCCUCGUCGACCUCUGCCCCGUCCCGGCGCCCUUCGGCGUCGACAGCGCCUACCUCGCCGCCGCCGGCCUCCAGGACCCCGACGCCGAGCCCCAGGUGUUCCUGCUCAAGUUCUGCUGCUACGACCGGAUGGGCCUCCUCCACGACGUGACGUGCGUGCUCUCCGAGAUGGAACUCACAAUUAGGAGGGUCAAGGUCUCCACCACGCCAGAUGGGAGAGUGAUGGACCUUUUCUUCAUCACUGAUGCUAGGGAACUUCUACACACAAAGAGCAGGAGGGAAGAGGCCUAUGAAAAGCUCCAGAGUGUCUUAGGCGACUCCGUGACGAGUUGCGAAAUAGAAUCCGCGACGGAGGACAUGUCUUGUUGCCUCCAAGCUUCAGCAUUGUUGUCGCCUGUUGUCCUGGAGCAGAUGUUCAGCGAGGUAGAUGCCAUAGAGGAGCAAUCGAGGUCCAGCGGUAGCCUGUCGGUCACUAUGGACAACUCCCUCAGCCCCGUGCACACCCUGAUUCAGAUACAGUGCGGCGACCACAAGGGCCUCCUGUACGACAUCAUGAGAACAGUCAAGGACUGCAACAUCCAGAUUUCGUAUGGCCGGUUCUACGCGGGCCAGAAGGGCCGGUGCGAGGUGGAUCUGUUCGCGGUGCAGUCGGAUGGGAACAAGAUACUUGACCAGCAGAAACAGAGAAGCAUGUGCUCCCGCCUGAGGAUGGAGCUGCUGCGGCCGCUCCGCGUGGCGUUGGUGAACCGGGGCCCCGACUCGGAGCUGCUGGUGGCGAACCCGGUGGAGGUGUCCGGGAAGGGCAGACCGCUGGUGUUGUAUGACAUCACGCUCGCGCUUAAGAACCUCCAUAGACGAGUCUUCUUGGCUGAGAUCGGAAGGCAUGUGGUGGACGAUCGGGAAUGGGAAGUGUACAGGGUGCACCUGGGGGAGGACGAACACGAGCUCUCGUGCUCGGUGCGGAGCAAGAUCGUCGACAGCGUCACCAACAUGCUCAUGGGCUGGGACUGACUAACUUGUCUCCAGCAUGCAUCUUCCUUAACAUUCAGUCUUGUUGCAAAAGACAUUUGUUUGUUUUGUGUACAGUAGGUGCCAUCGACUAGGUGUACAUAGGGAGGGAUGUUGAUGGCUGCUGUUGUAAAUUAUUAAGUGGUUUCCACUGCCUAGUUAGUUCAUACUGCAUCAGUCUGAAAUACUUGCCUUGCAUUGUUGUUAGGCAAUGAAA